AAACCAUCACUUCGAGACUACUGGGUCAAAGAUAUCGAGACCAAAUAUGGCGACUGGCUAUUGUUCGCAUGCUGCGUGACCACAGGGCUAUUAGAUACGAGUACAUUUCGCAAUUUCGGAGCGUUUGUCUCCAUGCAGACCGGAAACACGGUCAUUCUUUGCUUGAGUUCUGCCGGAUUCCCGGACGGCCAGCCAUACGCAUGGGCGGUAACACUAAUCUCCCUCGUCUCCUUCUUCCUCGGCGCUUUCGUCUGCACACGCGUAUCGAAUUUCUUCGGCGCUAAGCGACGGGUGGUGCUUACGGUGAACAUGUUCAUUCAGGCAUGCCUCAUCGCCAUCGCUGCCGCCCUGGCCACCGGUCACAUUCUCAUCUCAGAUAUCGAGUUCCACGGCAACGCCGCAGCCGUGCUCCGGGAUCCGCGUCUUCUCAUUCCCAUUGGCCCGCUGGCCUUCCAAUCCGGUGCGACCAUCGCCACGAGCCGAUUGCUUGGUUUCGGAAAUGAGAUUCCUGUCACCGUCUACACCAGCACAUACGCCGCGCUCGCGGCCGACCCGAAGCUCUUCGUCGCGCCGACGAAGAACAAGCCGCGUGAUCGUCGAGUCUUAGCCGUCAUCAGCAUUUUCUGCGGCGCUUUCAUCUCAACUUGGCUGGAGCGGAAAUCGGUCGGACCUGUCGCCUCCUUCUGGAUGGCUGCGGGGAUCAAGUUCUGCUUGGCU